AAACAAGUCAGUUACUGAGAGUGAUGCAUCAAGUGCCUUGUACAGUCACAGCUGUAGGGGUGAGUCUGCCCCUUUGGGCACUGAUGCUGGCUUGAAGUGGCUUACAGUGUCAGAGUGGCAAAAAACACACUGAAAUAUUGGGCAUAAUAAAGCAGUGAAGAGAAACUGAAGGAAGCAUUACAUGCCUUACUGGUCAGAAAACUGUUUCUGAAGUAUUUGGGCAAACUACAUAUAUAUGUAGUAAAAUCUACAAAGGCUGAAGGUGUGGAGAGCAUGGGUUACGACAUUGAGCGCUUCGUGGGCUAUGUCAAUGAGGGGCUGCUGUGCUCCAUCUGCCGGGACGUGUUGGAGGACCCGCUGCAGGCUCCCUGCGAGCACGCUUUCUGCACUGCCUGCAUCCAUGGCUGGCUUGUUCAUCACAGCAACUGCCCUGAGGACAGACAAGUCAUUGAUGUGUCUUUGCUACGACCUCUCUAUAGAUAUAUGAAAAAUGAUUUAAACCGUCUUCAGCUACAUUGCAGAAACAGAGAGUAUGGCUGUGAAAUGGUUUGUUCUCUGGAGUCUAUAGACAGGCAUGAAAGGGAGUGUGAGUACAGUCAGAUACCCUGCUCCAAUGCUGAUGCUGUCUUGCCUUGCUCCCCCUGCUCAGGUUGCACGGUGCAGAUCGAGCGGCGUAACCUGGACGGGCACCUGGCGGUGUGCGAGUACCGGAGCCGCGAGUGCCCCAACGGCUGCGGCUUCACCAUCCUCAGCGCCGAGGACACGCAGCACAACUGUGUGGCAGAGCUGAGGACUGAGCUGGAGCUGCUUCGGUCAGAAAUGAUCUGCAGAGUGGAGGAGGCAAAACAUGAGAUGGAGUCGAGGUUAGAUUCACAGAGAAGGCAUAUGGUCCAAAAAGAGAGUAUUCUGCAAAAUGAAAUUGAAGAACUAAAGAGUCAGAUGUCACGGCUGAUGUCAGAUGUGCGGUCUCUGAUGGCUGCAGAGAGGCAGCACCGCCAAGAGCUGGAGCAGGCAGAGCUGGAGAAGCGGGAGUUAAUGGAGCUGCUGAAGGGGCUGCAGAAGGACUGCAGAUUGACUACUACAGAGGGAAGCAGGAAGUCAAAUUUCCGUCCUUUGACACGACUAGAGAGUGUGAAAAGAAAACCUAGGGAAGUUACAGUUAUCUAAAUAGUACUAAGCUCAAAAAGCAUUUUCUUCAAAUACUGGCUUCUGGCAAACUACUUUCUUUGAAUGAUUGGCAAACUUUAUAUAAUUUCUGAUUUACUUCGGGUUUUUUUAAGUCUUAAUUAGAACGGUAUUUCCUUUGGGGCCAUAAAAACUAACAGAAGAUUUUUUCCCCGAGGGAAUACUGGUCAUUAAAACCAGUAAUUGGAAGACAUAAUUUUAGCUAAUGUUUUUAUAGAAAGGGAAAGGAGUCUUGUUCUCUCUUUACUGCAUCACUUACAGGAAUUUUUCAAGACUGAAACUACAGCCUUUUGAAGUCAAAGAUACUGACUAUUAUGGACCAGGAAGAAAAAAACAUUUCAGUAUCUCUUUCUGAAACAAAAAAGCAAAUGUGACCAUUUGGGAUGUACUUAAUUUGGGGAAAAGUAAAUAGUAGAAUCAGUAAGUCAGUAAUAGAAAUUAAUAAGAUUUUGUUUGUUUGUGGUCAGUAGAAAGUCUUAUUUCAAAGAUGGAAAGCAAGCACUUUAAAUUGUAAUUCUUCUGCUAUGUAACAGCUUUGGGUGAGGUUGACUAUUGCUUUAGAGCUUCUUCUCAUUUCUGAGGCUGAUAACACACUUAAGAGACUAAUACUGGAGCCUGAGGUAAUAGAAUAACCUUUAAACAUAUGUGUUAAUAACUUUGAGUUUGUGGGAAUGGAUCUGCUUCUUACUUAAAACUUUGAAGCUUUUAUAUGUGAAACUAUCAAGUAUUUCUACAGGAUCUUUUAAGCAUAAGACCAGUCAUUUGGUACCCAAUGUCUUUAAAGUAUAUAUAGAUACCUCGAGUAUCCUUAAUUUUCUUGUGGCAGGUUUAAGGCUACUUGAUAUGCGCAAGAGAUGAAUAUUUGCACAGUCACUUGGGCUUCAGACAUCUGUUAGUGCUCAAGCAGGCUUCAGGGAGUGCCAGAGCCUGGCUCUGUCAUCAGAGGGUAACAGAACACCUGGGUGGAAGUAGGUCAGUGAUCUGCUCUACUUAGCAGUACAACUCAAAAGUGGAGGUGGAAGGAUUAAGGGAUGUUAGAGCAUCUGAGGAAGAGAUUGACUAAUAGAGCAUUUUCUGCCUCCCCUGAGGCAAAUGUACCAGUCAAAUGCACCUCAGAAAGGGGAGGGUGACUAGAGACGAACCUAGGGUGGCAGGUCUGUGAUGCAUUGGCCCGGCUAAAGUGCAUCUACACCAACACAGUGUGGGCAGCAAGCAGGAGGAGCUGGAAGCCGUUGUUCAGCAGGAGGGUUUUGAUGUUGUCACCAUCACAGAAGCAUGGUGGGAUGACCAUCAUCAUGGGAAUGCUGCAAUGGCUGGAUAUAAGCUCUUUAGAAGAGACAUUGGCCAUCGUGAGUCAGUGAGGAGCAAGGGGUGGAGCUUCCUGUGUUGCUGCUGAGUGGCUGAUUAUAAGAGGUCUCUGGGGAGCGCGGCGACCAGAGCGGGCAGACGGGUGUGGUGAGUCUCUGGGGCGUAUACAAGGCAGCUUGCGCGGCAGUUCGCGCAGGCGGGGCAAGCAGGCAGGGUUGCCAGCUUUCUUGCUAAUAAGGAGUCCUCUGUGUCGUUUGAGGUCUUUCUGCUGCCUGGUUGUGUUUGAGGUGUCUGUUAGUAAUGGUUUCUACACGGUCAAAACUGUGGCUGGUAUAAGUGUAAGUGACCAAGUUGAGCCCUCCAAAAAGGAUGUGUCUGUACAGACCCAUCCAUGCCCAGAGUGUUUGAGGUUAUCAGUGGCUUCAGGGAAUGUUGUGGAGGAGACCUGACUGCAGUGUGAACAAGUGAACGACCUCCUUUCAUUGGUGGCUGAGCUUAGGGAGGAAGUUGAAAGGUUAAGGAGUAUAAGGGAAAGUGAAAGGGAAAUAGACUGGUGGAGUUCAGCCCUUCCAUCUUUAAGGGAGCCCUCUGACCGAGAGACUGAGGACUUAUAUGCCUCCCCGUCUCAGGCAAUAGAAGGGCACCUGGUAGUUGAUGAGGAGUGGAAAUGAGUCCCUAUUUGGGGACGUAAUAACAAAAACUCCUCCCCAUCCCAUCAUCCAGCCAGGUACCACUUCAGAAUAGCUAUGAGGUCCUGGAUGAUUUAGGAGAAAAUAGUCUGCCCAGUGAAUUAUGGGCAGUUAUGAUUCAUCUGUAAGAUGGAUCAAUACCUCUAACAUCAAGAAGAAAGGAAGGGUAAUCGUAGUAGGUGAUUCCCUCCUGAAGGAAACUGAGGGCCCCAUAUGUUGACCAGACCCAUCCCACAGGGAGGUUGUUGCCUCCCUGGGGCCUGGGUACAAAAUACCACUGAGAGACUUCCUGGGCUGAUUCAGCCCUCUGAUUAUUACCCCCUGCUGAUACUCCAGGUUGGCAAUGAUGAGAUUCAGAAGAGAAGUGUCAAGGCAAUUAGAAAGGACUUCAGGGUACUGGGUCAAGUAGUUGAUAGGGCAGGAGCACAGGUAGUGUUCUGCUCAGUCCCUUUGGUGACCAAGGAAAACAAUGAAACAGGAGAAUCCGCAUCAUCAACAAGUGGCUUAAAGGGUUGGUGUCAUCGGCAAAAUUUUGGAUUCUUUGAUCGUGGGGAAACUUUUACAAAAUCUGCUGUACUGGAACCAGAUGGGGUACAUCUCUUUAUUAAGGGCAAAAGGUUUUUAGCUCAUGAACUGGCAGACUUCAUUGAGAGGGCUUUAAACUAGAUUUGAAGGGGGAAGGGGAAGCAGCUGAGCUAUCUGGAAGCAGGCCCAAGGGUUGCAAGGCCAAGUUAGGGGUGAAGUCAGUAGCCCAGAUGAGGUGCAUGUAUACCAAUGCACACAGCUUGGGCAACAAACAAGAAGAGCUGGAGGCCAUGGUGCAGCUGCAGAGCUGUGAUGUAGUUGCCAUCACGGAAACGUGGUGGGACAACUCACAUAGUUGGAGUACUGCACUGGAUGGAUACAAGCUCUUCAGGAGAGACAGGAAAGGAAGAAGAGGUGGAGGCGUGGCCCUUUAUAUUAAGCAGGACUUUCAAUGCCAUAGAAAUUGAAACUGAGGAUGAUGGAGUUGAAUGUCUAUGGGUAAGAAUAAAGGGGAAGGCCAACAAGGCUGACACCCUACUGGGAGUCUGUUAUCGUCCACCCAACCAGGAAGAAGAGGUAGAUGACUUACUCUAUAAGCAGCUAGGUAAUGUUUCAGGAUCAUCAGCCCUUGUUCUUGUGGGUGACUUCAACCUACCAGACUUCUGCUGGGAACUUAAUACAGCAAUAAAGAGGCAGUCCAGGAAAUUCUUAGAGUGUAUGGAGGACAACUUUUUGUUGCAGCUGGUGGGUGAACCCACCAGGGGAGGGACUAUGUUAGAUCUGCUGUUUGCAAACAGAGAUGGGCUGGUGGGAGAUGUGGUGGUUGGAGGUCACUUGGGGCAGAGUGAUCAUGAAAUAAUAGAGUUCUCAAUAUUUGGUGAGAUCAGGAGGAGCACCAGUAAGACUCUUGCAUUGGACUUCCAGAGGGCAGAUUUUGGCCUGUUUAGGAAACUUAUUCAGAGCGUCCCUUGGGAAGCAGUCCUAAAAAACAAAGGAGUUCAGGAAGGGUGGGCAUACCUCAAAACAGAGAUCUUGAGGGCGCAGGAACAGACCAUCCCUCUGUGCCGAAAGAUCAGUCAACGGGGUAAACGUCCAGCCGGGCUGGGCAAGGAGAUUUUGGAGGAGCUUAGGAAUAAAAAGAGGAUGUUUCAGCUUUGGAAGGAGGGUCAGGUCUCUAAGGAAGUAUUCAAGAAGGCUGCUGGAGCAUGCAGAAAAAAAAUUAGGGAGGCCAAAGCUCAGUUUGAACUUAAAAUGGCGACUUCUGCAAAGGAUAAUAAGAAAUGUUUUUACAAAUACAUUAAUGCUAGAAGGAGGGGUAAGACCAGCCUUUGUUCUUUAUUGGACAAGGGAGGGAACUUAGUAUCUGCAGAUGAGGAGAAGGCAGAAGUGCUUAAUGCCUAUUUUGCCUCAGUUUUUAGUGGGAAGAUGACUUGCCCUCAAGACACCUGCCCGCCUGGGCUGGUUGAUGGUGACAGGGAGCAGAAUGGUCCCCACAUUAUCCAAGAGGAGGCAGUCAUAGAACUACUGAAAUGCUUGGAUAUUCAUAAAUCUAUGGGACCAGAUGGGAUCCACCCCAGGGUAAUGAGAGAGCUGGCAAACGAGCUUGCAAAGCCACUCUCCAUCAUUUACCAACAGUCAUGGCUCACUGGUGAGGUUCUGGAUGACUGGAAGCUGGCCAAUGUGAUACCCAUUCACAAAAAAGGUGCAAAGGAAGAUCCUGGUAAUUAUAGACCUGUCAGCCUGACCUCAGUACCUGGCAAAAUAAUGGAACAGUUUAUAUAAAGUGCCAUCACACAGAAUUUACAAGAUGGCCAGGGUAUCAGACCCAGCCAGCAUGGAUUUAGGAGGGGUAGGUCAUGUUUGACCAACCUGGUCACCUUUUAUGACCAGGUAACCCGCCUAGUGGAUGUAGGGAAGGCUGUAGAUGUUGUUUAUUUGGAUUUCAGCAAGGCCUUUGACACUGUCUCCCACAGCAUACUCCUAGACAAAGUCGCAGGCCGUGGCUUGGACAGGAGCACCCUUUGCUGGGUUAUGAACUGGCUGCAUGGCCAGGCCCAGAGAGUGGUGGUGAAUGGUGCUGCAUCCAGCUGGCAACCAGUCACCAGUGGUGUCCCUCAGGGGUCUGUGCUGGGGCCAGUUCUGUUUAAUAUUUUUAUUGAUGACAUGGAUGAGGGUUUAGAGUCCUUUAUUAGCAAAUUUGCAGAUGACACUGAGCUGGGAACGUGUGUUGAUCUGUUAGAGGGACAUAGGGCUUUGCAGAGGGACUUGGAACAGUUGGAUGGAUGGGCAGAAUCGAAUGGGAUGAACUUCAAUAAGUCCAAGUGCCGAGUACUGCACUUCGUCCACAAUAACCCCCUGCAACGAUAUAAGCUGGGGACGGUGUGGCUGGACAGUGCUCAGGUGGAAAGGGACCUGGGAGUGCUGGUUGACAGUCAGCUGAACAUUAGCCAGCAGUGUGCCCAGGUGGCCAGGAAGGCCAAUGGCAUCCUGGCCAGUAUCAGGAACGGUGUGGCCAGCAGGAGCAGGGAGGUCAUUCUUCCCCUGUACUCAGCACUGGUGAGGCCUCCCCUGGAGUACUGCAUCCAGUUCUGGGCCCCUCACUUUAGGAGGGACGUUGAGAUGCUUGAGCGUGUCCAAAGGAGAGCAACGAGGCUGGUGAGGGGCUUGGAGCACAAGCCAUAUGAAGAGCGACUGAGGGAGCUGGAGUUGUUCAGCCUGGAGAAAAGGAGACUCAGGGGUGACCUUAUCACUCUCUACAACUCCCUGAAGGGUGGCUGUGGUGAGCUGGGGGUCGGUCUCUCUCUCCGGGCAACAACAGACAGAACAAGAGGACACAGUCUCAAGCUGCACCAAGGGAGAUACAGGCUAGAAUUAAGGAGGAAGUUUUUCACAGAAAGAGUGGUCAAAUACUGGAAUCAUCUACCCAGGGAGGUGGUGGAGUCACCAUCCCUUGAUGUGUUUAAAAAAAGACUGGAUGUGGCACUUGGUGCCAUGAUCUAGUUGAGGUGUUAGAACAUGGGUUGGACUCAAUGAUCUUAAAGGUCUCUUCCAGCCUAGAAUUUCUGUGAUUCUGCUGAUCUGCUUAAGGUUAGGAAGGCUCUGCAGACAGACCUGGACAAACUCAAUGUGUCAAGGACAAGUGCACGAGGUUCAGUAAGGUGAAGUGCUGGGUUCUGCUCUUGGGUUGCAGCAACCCCAUGCAGUGCUACAGGCUGAGGGCAGAGUGGCUCAAGAACUGUUCAGCAGAAAGGGACUUGGGUGUGACAACCAGCUUAAUAUGAGCCAGCGUGUGCCCAGGUGGCUAAGAAGGCCAAUGGCAUCCUGGCCUGUAUCAGAAAUAGUGUGGCAGGGAUUGUCCCUCUGCACUUGGCACUGGUGAGGCCACACCUCGAGUACUGUGUCAAGUUUUGGCCCUUCACUUUAAAAAGGAAAUUGAAAUGCUGAAGCAUGUCCAGCAAAGGGCAACAAAGCUCAUGAAAGGUCUAGAAAGCUUGUCUUGUGAGGAGCAGCUGAAAGAGUUGGGUUUGUUGGUCUAGAGAAGAGGAGGCUCUGGGAGGACCUUUUCACUCUCUACAACUGCCUGAAAGGAGGGUGUAGCCAGGUGGGGACUGGUCUCUACUACUGUGUCCACAGGGAGGGGAUAAGAGGAAAUGGCCUUCAGCUCAGACAGGGGAGAUUCAGAUUAGAUGUUAGAGAAAAUAAUUCACUGUUAUGGUAGUCAAGCAUUGGAAUAGGGUGCCUGGGGAGCUGGUUGGAGUUACCAUCCCUGGAGGUGUUGAAGAGUUGUCAGGAUCUGGGGCUGAGCAAUGGUUAAUGGUUUAGGGGUUGCAGGACUAGUUCUGGGUUGACAGUGGAACUUGGUCUCUCCCACCCUUGAUGAUUCCAUGAUGCAGAGUUUGCAGUUGGAUUUUUUAACAGACCCACAAAUAAAGGAGGGGUUUAUCUGUAAGCACUGCAUGAGAAAUCUGUUCAAGGACUUUCUCCAAACUUUUUACACAGCCUGUUCAUGUUGCUUUCAGUGGUGUAACCAAGCCAUAUUCUCAGCUCACCAAUGGAGUAACUAUAGAGAUACCUGGCCUUCUGUUUGCUGAAUGCAUUAAAUCAGUUUUGGAGGCUCAGGAAGAUGUGUGCAGGUUCAACAACCUGAAUAUGGUAAUUUUAUCGUUUAGAAAACAACUGCAUUACUGUGCAUGCCUUGCUGUUGCUCAGAGCAAUGCUUUUAUAGCUAAUAGCAUAACCAAAGAGAGAGGCAGCAAUCUUCUUUAGCACAGUCUGCAUUAUGAAGAUCUGUGGUCAGAGCUGUCUGAAUUUCAGGCAUUAAUAAAUCCUUCUAACUUGCCCUUUCGUUAGUACCACUGAGGCAGAUGUGCACAUAUUCAGGUCUUGAGUAUUUAAAAACUGGUCUUGUGUAUUUAAAAACUGACAUAAAUAGUUCCUCUGUAAAGUAAUUGAGAGUAUUUGGGGCACUAGCAAUCUCACCAAUUCAUGCCAUAGCACAUCUCUUAAGCAGCCAUAUUUAAUAACCUAAAGCAGUAAACCUGUAGCUAUAAUUUGGGAAGACCUGAAUUCACACUAAAUGUUCAGGGGCCACUUCACUUACAUUAGUGUGUAUUAAAGCAAUAGGUAGAAACUAAGAAUGCUGUUUAUUCUUGUGUUCUGAACAAGCUAGCUGUGAGUGUCUGUGCCCUGUGUGACAUUAUUGCAGCAUUCACACUAAUUUUCAAGCUUUUUUGCAGCACCAGAGAUUUCAUGCGAUUAGAUUCAGUUAGUGCUUUUCUGUGUACUGUAACUGUGUGGUUGUGAUGUGACUUUAUCUACUUUGCCUAAUGUAAAGACAAAAAUUACUUCAGAAUCCAUUAGAACUUGAUGAGCUGGAUCAUCUUUCCUGAGUCAGAGGGCAGUAACCCAAUCUUUUCUGUUCUGACCACAGAAGAAAGCAAGCUAUUUGCUCUGUGCGUUCCCCAUAAUGGGAUCUCUGCAUUUGUUUGCUUUAGAAACUUCACCCACACAUUUCUGACUACAUUCCUCCUAGUAUGGGAAAUAGGGUUUAUUUAAUGUUUACCUAGCAAUUGACCUGCUGUCUUUUUCCUAAGUGAUGGACAUGAAACUGUGAGAAAGCAUGUCCUAGGUGCAAGGAAGGACUUCCUGCUGUGCUGUUGAGCUCUGAUAGUCUGAACUUCCAAUGUGGAAAUGUGGCAGUGCUUUGGGUCCACAGCUGCAGCAUGGGCUGUCAGUUUGGGCUUCCUUUAGCAGCAAACAAGCACUUUCAGAGAUGUUUUAAAUAGGCACACAGUAGCUAAUGGCAUCAGGUCCCUCUGGUGACUUUAAGCUUUAUGCCAUUCUUCUGGGUUGGUAAUGGUUCUGCACUUCAGAUUUUCCUCUGCUAAUGAACCCCUCAGAGGGUGGCAUUGCUGAAGUAUCAUCAUCAUUUGACCUGUCUUACAAUUGACUAGACUGACAUUAAAUAGCCUGUUAUGUUAAUAUUUCAUCUACUUCUUGCUUUUCCAGUCUCAUGUAUUAUGCAGGUCUUAAUAGCAGUUGGCAGCAGCGAGGGAUUUUUUUUUUCUGUCUUUCAAAUAGUCUCUUAAUCCUGUUCACAAAAACUAAGAGACUCCAAAUAUUGUACUAGACUUGACAUAAGUUAAAGACAUUCACUUGAAAAUGAUACUUCCCUAGUCAUGAUCAUACUUUAGCAUUAUAUGAGACACUGCUGAAAGUGCAUUACAGGAGGAUUCCAGCAUGGAAUUACUGGUAUUACUGUCCUCAUACUAAAUCACACUUUAAUCAGUUCCAUUUCCUCACAAGUGGAACUGCUGCUCCGAGUGUACCAGUAACUGUGCAAAUUGUCGUAUUUUGAAUUGCUGCUUGUGUCUCUUUGCACCUGGAAGAGGGAGAGCAAAGAGAGAGAACAAGUGUGGUGUGACUGUUCCUUCUGCCCAAAAGCAGAGAUGUGGCCUCACCAGCUUGUGCCAUCAGCCAGCUUACCAGUGUGAGCUGCCAGCCUGUGGCAGGGAGUUAACAUGGCAUUAGAAUUAAAUGGAGAUUAAAUCAUGGUCCACAGUUAGGUAGAUACACAGUGUCACAGUACCAAGCCUGGGAGAUUGAGAAACAGAGCUCAGAGCAAGUGGUUAAGUAAGGUAUGUGGAACUUGCAUAAACAAGAGUUUCUUGGCAGCACAGAAGGGAAGGGAAUUGCACAGUCAAGCAAAAUACCUGCUAUAGUGAUGUAUUUUGGCUGGCCAAAAAUGCUUUUAUCUGAACCGUUCUUAGGUGUUUGUAUGAAGUAACGUUUUAAUAGUCCCUGGUUGCAAAGAGUUCCUACAAUUUAUAGAAAUUGGUAGCCUUGCAAUUGAAAUUUUCCAUGUGCUGUCCUCUUGGAUGUUUCUGGCAUGGUGCUUCUCUACAGCCACUUUCCUUCGAAGUGCUGGGUAGUAUUGACAGGAGCAGUACUAGCCUUGCCUUUCUCUGUACUGUUGUCAGGUGGAGUACGGUAGGUCAGGAAGAUUUUAGCACGCAGAAGAUGCCUUUAUCAAGACCUACAAUUCUAUGCAACUUUCUAUUAACUGAGUAAACACUGAACUGUCUUCCAGCAUUAUGGGUCGCUGCCAGUCUAUUUACAUUUUCUACCUUUAUAUGCACAAGGAUAAACCAGCAGUCAACAGAUCUUAAUCUCUAGUGUGUAUAAGAAAUGGUAACACUUUGUAUUACUUUGAAGUACACUUUGUAUAAAAGUUGAACUAAUAAAGGGUCUACACCAUAA